GAGUUUCGUGUAGACUGAGCCUCCAGAGCUGGGCUGCUCGGAGUGGAAUCUUCUUCUUUUGCCUCGGAGUAUUAUGAGUUUUCUGAAUUUAGAGGUAGAAAGACAGCUCUUGGAAUUACUCUCCUUUUAUUGCAUCCCACUUCUGCUUUUCAUCCAGCUUGGAGGCCAGGCAGCGUGAGCUGGUAACUGAAGCACAGCUUGACAACUUGCAAGUAGAUUUAACAUGGCAAAUGGUGUGUGUGAAGAAAAUCUGAAAAGGAAGGCUUUUUGGUGUUGAAGAAAAUCCUGCAAAAGGGAAUGACAGUACUCCCAACAGUCAGAAUAGUACCUGCCACAUCACAUGCUCUCAGUCAGAGGCAAUCAAACAGAAUCGAGGAAGUUCAUAAAUUUUUGCAUUUGCUUCUAGCAACUUGAUAUCACAGAUGGCUACUGAUGGUAAUACUCUGCAGGUUCCCUUGCGUCAGAAGCCGAGGAAGAAAACUCAAGGUUUUUUCACAAUGAGUCGGAGGAGGAUAUCUUGUAAAGAUCUGGGACAUGCGGACUGCCAAGGGUGGCUGUAUAAGAAAAAGGAAAAGGGAACUUUCCUAAGCAACAAAUGGAAAAAGUUCUGGGUGGUGCUGAAGGGGUCGUCGCUGUACUGGUAUAGCAAUCAAAUGGCAGAGAAAGCUGAUGGAUUUGUCAACCUGCCUGAUUUCACUGUGGAAAGAGCAUCUGAAUGCAAAAAAAAGCAUGCUUUUAAGAUCAGCCAUCCACAGAUCAAGACCUUUUAUUUUGCAGCUGAGAAUGUGCAGGAAAUGAACAUGUGGUUAAAUAAACUUGGAUUAGCUGUAAUCCAUCAUGAAUCCACUACAAAGGAUGAAGAAUGUUACAGUGAAAGUGAACAGGAAGAUCCUGAAUUAGCUGUGGAGACACCAGCCCCUCCUUACUCUUCUGAGACUCUGUCUCCUUUGGUUGCACAGCAGGCUUCUUCGUCCUCACCCAAACUGAGCGAAGCAUCAAGUUCUUUGUCUUCCCUGGAAAACGCAAUGAAGGCACCCAGCGGUUGUUCUUCCUCUGAACCUAAAGAAAGACAGUCCUGGAUCCACAUAGUUAACAGUUCAUCCGCUGCUGAAGAUGUGGGACAAUCUAUGUCGUUGAUGGUGCAGGUCCAUUCACUCACACCUUCAGAGGUGAACAGUUGCAAGGCCCCAGAAAACAACUUUGUCUCCUCAGAAAGUGGAUUUUUGAACUCUUUAUCUAGCGAUGACACUUCUUCCUUGAGCAGCAACCAAGAUCAUCUUACUGUCCCAGAUAAACCUCACGGUUCAAAGACAACAGACAGAGAAGAAACAAAAUCAUCCGAAGAUGAUGAAAUGGAGAAGCUGUAUAAAUCGUUAGAACAAGCUAGUCUAUCUCCUCUUGGAGACCGACGACCUUCAACCAAAAAGGAGCUGAGAAAAUCCUUUGUUAAGCGGUGCAAAAAUCCAUCCAUAAAUGAGAAACUACACAAAAUCCGAACCUUGAAUAGCACAUUAAAGUGUAAAGAACAUGACCUGGCCAUGAUUAACCAGUUGCUGGAUGAUCCGAAGCUGACAGCCAGGAAAUACAGAGAAUGGAAGGUCAUGAACACCCUGCUGAUCCAGGACAUCUAUCAACAGCAGCACCCCACACCUGUCCCUGACGGCACCCCACAGGAACUCAAGAGAUCACCAUCUCCCACCUGUGUUGAAAACUCUAUUUGAGAAAAAGCCAGAAUUCUCUCCUUUCAUGUUUUCCCACAAGCAACUGUCCAAGAUAUUGCCAGAGCUACCAUUUUUCCUUAAAAGGAAAACUGAAAGCAAGUUCUCAAGCAUCUUCUCCUCUGAAGAUGCAAUUUAGGUGAAGACAAUCACAAGUCAUGGAUAGGACUUCUUGUUCCAGCUGUUCCAGCUGUUCCACAUCAUCGAGAGUGGAAUGAUUGAGUUCAGUUGAACAUGUUUUGUGUUACUCCUGGUAGAGAACAGUGAUGCUCGGCUCAGGUUGGGAUGUGAGAAGUACGUCUUUUGUUCCUUGUGUUUUCAAGAGAGUUACAACAUUGUAUGGGCAAAAGAUCAAGUUUUUUUUUUUUUUCUUUUCUUUUUCUUUUUUUUUUUUAACCAGGGAUAAUUAUUCUUACAAACAUUCUCUUUUUCAAAGGAAGAAUGUAGAUAUUCCACCUGAUUGGGUAGCUUUGUUCUCCAGAUCAUUUUUUGACUGGUGGAAUGCUUUCUAGAGAACUUACUGGAGCAGAAUGAAAAUUCCUUGCCUUUGGCACAGAGUGGUGGCACCCUUUCCACUUGCUGAGAAAUGUUUCAGAGAGAGUGUGUGGGAGAGCGCAAGAGGAGGCGUGUUCGAUAUUCCACUCACUCACAGGACAGUUUGACAUUUUCACACUUUACGCAAGCUGGAGGAUCUGACGAGUGUUUCUUUCUUCACAACAGCGAGAGAAAACUCUUGUAGUUGCAGACCUCUGCUUCAGCCUAGGUUUCUAAACAGCCACAGGGAGGUCGAAUAAACCCAGCGAGCCAUGUUUGCUGCUUUUGUUCUUGGCGGUGGUACCUAUACACAGUAUGGACUUGUAUUCAGGUUCCUGGGAGCAAUAUUGAGAAGAUGAUUCUGGUGUUUAAAAUGCUUUAGUAUUUUCACUGAGCCCCCAGUCUCCCCUUCUACCCAAAAAAUCCAACAAAGAUAACAAGAGUCAGAACAUGACUUUUAUUUUUGUAUGUUUAUCUGUCACUUGUGUGCUAUGUGAAUAGCUCUCUCUAAUAUGUUUGUUAUUUAAAUAUAUUUAUAGAAGCUCAAAUUACUAGUGUUUUAAAGAUGGUAUACUAUUAUAUGUUUUGCUCAAUAUAUAUUCUAGAAGUAUAUACUUUUUGCUUGAGAAAAAUAGGAAUACUAUUGAUUUACUGAGGUUAUGUUGCACUAUAAUGUAUGAGGAAUGCUCAGGAAAUCUUGUGGUGAAAAAUAUGGACGCAUGCAUUCAUAAUUUCUCAUUUUCUGGUUUCUUGCUGUCUUUUGGUCUACACCUCUCAACCCAGGCUCUUAAGUUUGUCUUUCUUUUGUCACUUUCUUAAGCAGAAAAGGAUUGCAUCUUAGGUUAUCUCUUCUGUUAAAUAAACUUUAAUCUUUAUGUUGUGUGUGUGUGUACAACCCUUAGACCAAAUGAAACACAACCAAUGAAAUCUCUUAACUACAGACUAAUCAAAAUUUGGGCAUUAUUGUUAAAGAGAGUUCACAGGGAAACAUUAUGAAAGUCUUCACUUACUCAUCACAGUGAAUGUUUUUCAUCAUGGUAAUAACGACAACCUACCAAGAACCCUCUUUGGACCUAUUUGCUUCUAGCUAAUUGUUAAUAACACAUUUAUUUUGUAAUUUCAAAAGUUAUGGCUUGGCAUUCAAAAUUAAAUGACCACCUGAACUGCAUCUGCAAAUGAAAUGAAAAUAGCUGUUUACUAUUUCCUCUGCUUUACUAGGAAAUCUUAAUACUCUGUAACCAAAAUCUUAGCAUUAAAAAAGAAAGAAAAGGAAAAAACAAAAACAGAAACAAAAAACUAGGAAGCAAGUUGUGGUACUAGAAGCUUCUCUAAGAUAGAGGAUAACUCAACCAGUUUGGCCCAGCAAACGCUUAGGAGAGUCUAGCCAGAUGAAGCAUUCACAGGUAAGUUUAUGGUAAUCACCUCAGAGAAGUAAUGGCUGGUGUUCUUGGUGUAGACCUUGAUGCUUCUGGCUGGAGAGGCCAAUGGUUUAACGUCUUCCCUCUGAAAAUUAUUGUUAUUCUUUCUUGUACACCUAUUAGAAUGCUGAUUAUUCAAGAUUUCCGAUGUCAACAGUAUUGAGGGAAAGAAACAAAACAGGAAAUAACGUGAAGCAUUCUUCCACUUACUUAUUUGUUGGUUUGCAGCAUCAACCUGUAGACUUUCAAACAGUUUUUCCAAAAAUGAAGAGUUCCUAAAUCUUUUGUCCAGAGUUCAUGACUAUAUUCCAAUAUUUUACUUUGGCUUUUCAUUAUACAUAUUUAACUGACCUCUCUCUUUAAAUUAUUUGGUUCCAUUCAAAUUUAAAGGCAAAACAGGCCAUGAGAAUACUUAAUCAAGAUUUAAAGUUAUUUUUCAGUCACUUUAAGAAAGUUCAUCUAGAGAUUCUGCUUUGUUAAUUAAAGAUUACUUUGCAAACUCCCAAAAUGAAAGUUAAACUGAAGUGCACAACUUUGUACCUUGCCCUUCUGGACCAAAAUCUCCCUGCUCCUUAGUGAUUUCUAUGUGAAUGCUUUUGCUCUGAACUAGGUGGGGUUAGAAAGGAGGGAUGCUUCUGUGAGUUUCCAACCUUCACUGUGAGGAGGGCAGGGGGACAGAGAGGAGCAAGAGGAAGAGUGUGUGGGUGACACCUUCCAGGAUACUCAAUGUUGGAGUGGCCUGGUAGUUUCUCUUGACCUCAAGUCAUUUUUUCUGGUCCAAAGAUAAUUGGGAAAACUAAAAUACUUCCAGUUUAUUGCUUGGGGGUCGGUCAUCUCUAAAAUGGAUUUUGAGUAGUUUCUGGGCAUUAAAAGGAAAUUCCUAUACCCAUCACUAUAGCUGUAGUCUGUGGGCUGUGGAAUGGCAGAACCAUGGCUGCUCAGGAAGGAAGUAGAGAAUCUCUGAGUCUAAACUUAUGGUACCUGUUAGGGAUGAGGACCUGACGAGGACUCCUUUUUUGGGGUUGUAUGGAGAAUCUCUUGAUCUUUUACUAUUGGUAGCCUACAGAUGCAAAUUGGAGCCUGAUAACAAUGUUCUCACUGGUCAACAUCACUGAAUCCAAUGAUCAGUCCUGCAUCUUAAGGACAUCUGUUGCUUUUAAGAAAUCUUCCUUCUUCAAAUAGAAUCAAAGUCCUAGGCAGAAUUUUAAAAUGUAUGAUUACGACUUCAGAAAGUCUGAGAAAUAGAUUGUGUUUGGAGUCAGAUUUCAAGAUGAAACCCAUGCCUUAUGUUUACACAGCACUUUGUACUUUACAAAUUGGCAUGCAAUUUGCAAACUUCUCCCACCCUCCUGCCACCUACCCCAUUGCAUGAUUGUGGAUUAUUGUUCUAGUGAAGUGCCUGUCCCAGAGCCCCAAGUAGUGAAGCCAGAAUGUGGGUUGGAGCCUCAAGACUCAGCCUCUGUCUCGCAAAGUUGCGGUUAGCGGUAGGUCUGCUGGAGGUGGUCAGUUUGCUGUAGAUUGUGUCCUCCUUGGCACUGGGUUCAGCACAUGGCUGACCAUGGUGGCUUUUGACUAUGUCAUCAUUUCAAGUCUGAUGAAGCCACUGGUUCCCUCUCUUCUAAUGGUCCUGAAGUGACCUGCUUUUGGCUGGCUGUGCACUGGGGUUUACCCUAAUUACUCUUCACUUCUUUCUUGCCUUCUGUAACUCAAACCAUUUGUUAGGUGCAGUGAGAUCCUCGGAUGAAAGAAGUUUAUUCAAAGAGAUGGAGAGCAUUUUGUUUUCCUUUUAAGAAAUGUCCUGUUGUGAGAUGCUGGAGACCAACUAGGUGACAACUCAUUAGUCCACUGACUUUCCCUUCUUCGUUUCUUCCUUGUAAAGAUGAUGAUUUCCUUAGCCUUCAAGUCACAUGCCAUAGAGGUGAAAGAGUUUAGAAGAAAGAACAUUUCUAAGUCUUUUGAGGAGAGGUGCUACACAGAUUUAAGCCAUAUUUGAAUUCAUGGACAAUUAUCUCUUUGUAAUGAAGACAAUAUUUUGAUAUAGCU